AUGCUAAAGAAUCUGUCCCAGCUAUCACCGGAUCGCUUGGCCAAGGAGCCGGCGGUCCUACAGUUGAGGCUGGAAGAGCUCAGUGGAGCUCUGGAGCAGGCGGUGAUCAACAACUGCAGCAUGCUGCUGUCUUCCUCGAGCUGCUUGACCUAUGUGGAAGAUGAUGCUUCUUCUCUAUCAAGAGGCCUCUCGGCUCUGCAGCUGUCGCUGCCCGAACUGAAAGAGCGGCUCCAGGACUUUAUGGAUGCGAGCGGUAGCGCCUCCAGCAGGCAUGCGGCUCUGCAGCUUCUGUGUGUCAUGCAGGAGACUGUCACGGAGCUGCUGUCUCUACCAGUUCUUAUAAGGAGCUGCUUCAAGGCUGGCUUGUACAACGAAGCUCUUGACCUCGCUGUGUUUGCGCGCGAGGUUGAGCAAGAGCGUCUGGCUUGCCACAGCGCUUUGCUUCAAGAAUUAGGUACGGCCGAAAAUUUCGCUUCGACCGUUAGGCUUCUAGGGCAUCUGCGAAGAGUUGGCCUCUUUUCUGAGGGCUACCUGCGGCUACAGUUCAUUGAUCGCCGAGGAGCACCUGUUUCUUCUCUGAAAACUGCUGUCGAGACACAGUGCAUUACCGAUCCUGUCAGGGGUCUCUGCGCCGCCGCAAGUUUACUCAACGGUGCCAUUAUGGAGGUCGUCACGCAGUACAAGGCUAUUUUCGGUGACCUCGACCCCUCUAUCAGCUUCUGGCUGCGUGCACAAGUGAAAUGGUUCCUUGUGCUGCUGCGCAAUAAGCUCGGACCAAGCUCGCACGAAUGCAGGAACGAGCUGUUUUCCGGCGACCGUCGAUACAUACAAGGGAGACAAUCUUAUGUACACAGUGUGGACGGCAGGAUGGUGCAGCAUAGAGUCGUAUCUCUAUGUCACGAGCAAGCUGGGGACGAGACUUCUUCCCUAGAAGCUGCCAGUCUCUCCUUGCUGUACCGACACACGCACCAUGCGGCGUGUGGUCUCCGGCGGGUGCGCGGCUUCUUCUUGCCGGCAGCGGUACCGAUCUUCGAACAGCAUCUGCGCGCUCUUUUGUGGCGUAAGGCAGGAUAUGCUGUUAAACGUUUUAGUCAGGAACUCAGUUGCUACGGCUGGGAAUCGUCAGCCUUAUUCCGUAGCUUUGUCGAGAAACGCAACGAGUACCCGGGUUCUGCAGGGCAUCCCGUCGGGUUCCCGGUUCCGGGUGAAACAGCUGGUGCCCAUGAGCGCUUUGCACUGCUUCGGCAUCCGCCACUGUGUGUCUUCUUGAACGAACUCUUAAAGAUUCUCAAUACCGCGCUGGACUUUCCUUUGUUCAGUGUUGUAAUUGCUUUACCGGCAUUAUUCAAGCGCAUCCUGCUGAAUGGUGCGUACCUGCUGGCGGAGGUCCAGCGGGCCGUGGUGGACCACCUAACAGACCUGCAGAAAAGGGAUGAGUUUGCAUCUCUGUGUCAGGCGUACUCCGACGAUCUUCUACCGUUGUUAGCUGCAGAUCUGGAGAGCGUGGUAGGCGUUAAGGAGACUCACUCGGUGGUUUUCAGCGAGGUUAAGUGUUGGAUGGAGAGGCAACGCCUUGGAGGAGCAGCCAGCAUUUCAACAGGGGACGUAUUGCAAACAGGGAGUGACACUUCCCUGCUUCAUCUGCAUCCGGUAUCUUGCAUUCAACCUCUAAUAACAAAUGCGUAA